AUGACACAUAUGGGUCAGUUGCUCAUAGGUGGACCAAAUACGCACAUAACUAAUGGUAUAGGCGAUGGCAAUGGACACGCUAAUGCGGUUUCUCGCGAUCGAGUUGACACGCACGGGAUUGCCGUAUCUGGAAUAGCUCCGGUAAGUGGCGCCGAUAAUACAGCUGAGAGUAGAAUUGGUUUAGGUGGGGGGCGCACCCAGCAGGACGAGUUGGCAAUGAGCUUGAACUUAGCGCUUGCACCGGAGCAAUUAUCGAAAUCUCCCACGAACACGGUUACUCAUCAAAACGCGAAUACAGUUUCAGCAGUUAACACAGCUGCGAACUUCAACAAUACAUCAGCGAUACCUUCACCCGUUAUAAAUCGAAGCUCCAAUUCUAUUGACGGAAGUAAUCGCAGCAAUAACAAAUCCACAGGACUCUCUGGGCUGCGAACUUCUAUACACUCGAUGGCCUCAAGUGCCUCGUCGCCCGUGGUCAGUAAUGAUGUAGGGAGUAAUACAAUGAGAAUGUUUCAGAGAAUGGAUGAAAUGAGUGCUAGGUUAAUAGCGAUGGAGGAGAUGUUUCACAAGUUAUGCAAGACCAUUGAUCAACAAAGUGUUACAAUUGAAGAGUUGAAAGGAUUAAAUUCUCAGCUUGCAAAUGAUUUAUCGCAUAAAAUUGAUCAUUUAUCUCAAGCAAAAGAACAAUCAAAAGACGCUGCGGAUCAGGAUUCUUUCGUUACGGACCUACUGAAUUCAAUUACAAAUGUUAGUAGUACUUACCUUAGAAAGAUAAGGUCACGCACUGACGUGAAUAAAAAAACUUCAUCAGCAGAAGCAAUGAAUGAAUCAAACCAGCAUUUUUUACCUGAGUAUCAUCAUGGUCAGCAUUACACCGGAAAUAACUCAAACACCGACUCAAAGUCAAACAGUUUACAUGCUUUUGAAGGUAAAAGACCGUCUAAUGCAACAUUUACCUUGAACCCAGACGGAAUUAAACGAAGGAAAAAACACGAAUUUAUGGCUGUUGAUGGUAACAGCAAUCAAGCUGAAAAUCAUAAUACCAAUGGUCAUUCUACGCAUGCCUUGAAUAGCUCUCAAAAUUCUGGAUUCAAUUCUAAUAUUCCUAGUGGAGCACAAUCAUACACAGAUUUGAAUUCUAUAAAUGCAUUUGGCACAAUGAGUUUGCCUAACUUAACUUUAGAGAACACAGGUAUCACGCCACUGUUGAAGUAUGGUGUAAAUGGAAUGCACUUCCCCAAAGUUAAUGAAAACUCAAAUUCGGUUAAUAACCAUACAAGCAGUCAUGAAAUUACUGAUAACAAUAUUCCACAACAACAAAACCGUCUGCAACAGAUGGAUGGGGUGCAUAACAAAGAACAGCAGCACCCACAAUUAGAUAAGUUACCAAAACCCGUAAACUUCAGUGUGGGACUGGAUCCCGUCAGGACUGGCACAGAAGCUUCAAUCAACCAUGCUGGUAUCGGCAAUGACGUCGUGCUCGAUGAAGACGAUGAUGAGGCCGGUUAUCAAGAAGACGAUGACGACGACAAUGAAGAAGAAGACGAUGGCGAAGACGACGAUGAUGACGACGAGAACGAAGAAGAUGAAGAUGACGAAGAUGGCGAUCAGGAUACCCCACACGAAAAAAAGUCCCAAAACAAAACACCGAAGAAGCGAAAACACAAUAGAGAUUUCGGAAAAAGCUCUCACAUCGACCACCGACUAGCUAUCACCGAUGACAAGAAUAUCAAAGCUGCAACACCGAAAAAUGGAAAAGCCAUCCUUUUAAAACUUGACACCGAAACUGAAGGUCGCAGCAGCGUCAUAAACAAGCAUCGUGAUAUAAACUACACCCUACUGAAGGCCCCCAGCAACGUCAGGACCAUCUGGGAGGAGUAUUCUGUGGGGAUCGAUGGUAAUCCAUCUAUAAAAGGGCUGGAGGAAAAGUACGGGAACAAAUGGCGGUUGAAUCGCAACAGGAAAACUUUCGCUCGAAGAAAAAGACUUUACAAAUUCAUACUGAACGGUACCAGUAAGGGCAAGAGCGCAGACGAAAUGAUCGACAUACUGGAAGAGAGACGUUUUUACAAAGACGACAAUGGGGAAGUCAAACGCCGAACCAUUGGGUGGCUGCAACAAAGCUUAACAGGUAUAUAG